AGUCGAAUUUGAAGCGUUUAGCUGAGUAGAUUGCACUAUUUGUGUAAGGUAUUCGGUGCGCAUUCCAUGCGGAUUUUAACCAACAAGCUAAACUAAAUCCAAGCGAAAAAGCAAGUGAAACAGGCGCAUUUUUGUACUUUGUUCGCGGAAUUGGUGGGUGCGUGUACGAGUUUCAUCGAUAAUCUUAUCAUCAUUGGUCACCUGCCAAGUGUGGUAAUCUUAAUAUAUACGCUUAAGCCUUAAUCGCGGUACAUUUAAUAAAAAAAAAAAGCAUAGCAUGACCGUGCAGAGCAAACUAAUUGACAACGCCAUCAACUGCAGCUGUCGUGAAUAUGUGCAUCCAUGGACAUCUAGUUGUAUCGCCAGCGCAGGCGGCAUGCUACUUGCUGCCAUACCGGUUACUAUGCGCACCUACGCAGUGGUCUAUCUGCUGGCGCUCGUGAUGAAAAUGCGCAUUCCAAGAUUGUUGGACUUACAGCACACGAUUACUGGCAUUUUAAAGUCGACGGCCUUCCUCACGACGAACGCUUAUAUGUUCUCCUUGAUGGUCUGCCUUGUUCGUCGCUUCCUUGGUCGCUUCUAUGCCAGCACAGUGGCCUUCAUACCGACAUUUAUUGGCAGCUUUGUCGCAUUGAGCAUUGAGCGACCGGAGCGUCGCACACCACUGGCGCUGUAUGUGGCAAAUGUUGCUUCAGAGGCAUUGUGGCACAUGUUGGAGGCACGUGGUCUAGUGCGCUCAAUACCCAAUGGACAUGUUUUCAUUUUGGGCUGCAGCCUAACAGCUCUGCUCUAUAUGUACCGCAUGGGUGUGCAUAAGACGAAGGUCAAGGACGCCACCUUUAAGGCUCUGAGUAUACUCAUUGGCAAGCAGGAGGAGGGUGCAAUUAAAACGCCACAAGUAACAACCAAACAAAACUCCAGGCAGCCAUUCGACUUCCGCAGCAUCUCUGCCUACAUUCAGCUCUACGAUCGUGUGCAAAAGGCCAAACAUCCAAGUUGCCCACAUCGCGAGGGUUGCGGCAGUUACGCCCUCCUGGGUGGCCUAAAACCCUUUGUGGGCGGCAUUGGGUUGCAAGUGGGCCUAAAGCUGCUGCUCAGCAUACCCAACAUAAUCAAAAUGAAGAUGAACUGGCGCAAGCAGAUAUUUAACAAAGGAUCUCUGAACUUGGGUCUGGCCCUGGGCACAUUCUCACUGAUCUACAAGGCAGUUUCCUGUUCUCUGCGCAAUGUUUGUGGAUAUGAUAGUGCCACUUUUGCAAUACCCGCCGGUCUGCUGGGCUCCAUUGGUCUGUUGCAGUUCCCAAACAUUACGAUAUCGCUGUAUGUGAUGUGGAAGGCGAUGCAUAUGCUCUAUGUUUGGGGCAUUAAGGAGGAUGUUGUGCCCGAAAUACCGCACUUUAAUAUGAUACUAUAUAGUGCGUGUACAGCUGUGCUCUUCCACUGCGCCAUCCUGGAGGCAAAAACAAUACGUAGCAGCUACUACAGAUUCCUAUUUGAUAUGUCGGGCAAAAGAGUGAGUCUCUUCCACGUGGAAAACUUCGAAGGCUUCGGAAUGAAGAGCAAGGAGCAAGUAAAUGAAGUCGUCAAGAAGCUCAAAAUAGACUUAUCGUCGCCACUGCCCAUAACGCCACUAACCGUCUAAAGCGGUGCUUGAAUUAUACGAAUUUAGUUGGGAGCAUUCAUUGAAAUGGUAGCUUGAUAGUCUUAAGUAAAUAAAUAAUAAAAUAAAUAUAUGUUUAUAUUUGCUAUAAUUUGUAUAAUAAAAUUUAACAAAAUGUUUGAAAUGAAAUGCCCAAAUUGGCCGUAAACUGUGCCGGAACAUUCAUCACAUUGUUAAACGACAACAGUCCUCAUCUUCAAUCUCAUUCCCAUUCUCAGCAACUUGCUAGGCCUACUCAAUUAUUUACAUUUAUAUGUCAUAGAAAUUUAUUACCAGCCAUAACUCAGCCGGCUAGCCGAAAGUGCAGCGUUUAAAACUUACUAAAAAUAAAUAUAAAACACAAAAUGAAAACGAAAAUGUAAAUGUAAAUGUAAAUAAAAUAAAAGGAAU